AGAUGGCUGGUUGCAUUCUUGGAUGCAUGCAUGAUAGCUACAAUGCACUCACCGUGGGGUAUGGCCACUUGGAGUGCUGCUGCCACUUGGAGUGGUGGUGUCCCCAGGCAGCUUCCCGGCCCUCCUUUUCCGAAGGAUUUCUUCCCUCACAUCCUCUAUUCUUGACUUGAAACCCUGCAACGAAUUCGACAUGGACCUCACAUCAGCUUAAAGCCUAAAAUCUCAGUUUAUUUGCUAAUUCCUCUGUUCCAAAUUGUAAGUUGUUUUGGCAAAUUUUGAUGUAAAAGUUAAACCAGCUUCAAAUUCAGGUAUAAUGGGGCGAUUUUCACGAUUCAAGUCUCGUCGUGGGAAACAAGCUGAAGCUGAGAAUAAUGCGGAGAAUGAUGAUGGAGGGGCCCGUAGUAAUACUGAGGGUGGAGGGGAUGGAAGCCCUUCUGAGUACUUAAACCUCAACCAAAAUGAUGAGGCGCCAGCUCAUACUGAGGAAGAGACCACAACAUCAGCUGCCGGUAGGGCCAAACGAGGUCGGAACAAGAUGCCUAAGGGUCGGUCUCUUAUUACCGAGCUCGAUGAAUUAGGUGAGCCCGUCGCUCCUGUCAAGGUGAUGGGGCCAUACAAGUCAGCUAUUGGGGUGGUGGUGAAGGAAAAUGUGCCCAUCACGUACAGGUAUUGGAAUGCGAAGGAUAAGACUUGGGUGGUACCGGACUCAAUCAAGGAAAUAUGUUGGGCCAAGUUGAAAGAAAAGUUCAUCUUCCCCGAGGAUUCAGAGCCAUUAGCACGGCGUCGAGCACUGUUUCUCAUGGGCAACUCUUUCAGAUACUUCAAAUUUACCUUGAACAAGCAUGUGAAGAAUGAAACUGAGCCAGAUUGGAAGGAUUUCCCGAACCAACGACCUUUUUGGGAACAGUUUGUCUUGUACAAGAGGUCAGAGGAGGCACAAGCUAGCAGCGCCACAAAUUCACAGAAUUGUAGGAAAAAUGAUAAGCCCCAUAAGACCGGCUCUCGUGGGUACAUUAGAAAAAUACCCGAGUGGGAGGAGCAAGCAGAGAGGCUGGUCCAUAGUGGUGUUACGCUGCAGACAGAUGGGUGGGAUCCUCGGGCCGUGAGGUAUCUUCUAGCGAGGGGUGCGUACUACAAUCCUGAUGGUUCCCUUGGUUUUCGUGAUCGUGAUGCUGAGGAUCUUGGACACAAGAUUCAGGAAGCACACGAGGCUGCUUCCACUGGCGCUUUCGUGCCAGACAGGGAGAACGAUGAGCUGACUCGAGCACUUGGAUCCAAAGAGCACCCAGGGCGCACACGUGGGACCGGCAAUGUUCCAUGGAGGUGUGCCUUCCCCGAACAUUUGGGCACAUACAGGAGCCGUGGGAGGAGGAAUGCUCAACAACAGGCCGAGUGGCAAAGUCUUUUACAAGCUGUCCGUGAAGAAGUAAAUGCAACGAAUGAGAAGUUUCGGGCUGAGCUUGUGGAAUCACUUUCCCGUGGUGCUCCCUUGGCACCAGGAGAAGCAAUGAGAGAUGUUGCGCCAGAUCUUACAAGUCCACAAGGGUUGGUCCGGAGUAGCUGUGGAAGCACUGCGUUGCCUGAGGAGGAUGUUGGAGUCACCUUCCCUGUGGAUAAGAUCACACAACCAACAACCUGCAAGCUAUACAUCCAUCAGAAGUUCUUUGAUAUGAAGGUGGCUGUAGGUCAGGCUUGGCCAAUCGGCGAAGGGGUUAUGCUGCAUAAUCGCCCUUUACCUGAAGGUUAUGCAAAGGUUACCGUUGAUUCUCUUGUUAAGAGGAAAUACAAAAAUGUGGAGUUGGAUAUCCCCGGUGAUGACAGUAGGUUGCUAGGGGAUAACAUCGGAGGAUUUGUGGCGUGGCGGAAACGCUACAUAAUAUUUGAAUCAGAAUCUGAGUCAUCCGAUGAUGAUCCUCGAGAGUCACCGGAGAGGGACCUACCUCCUUCACCAAAGUCCAACAGAGAAUCAAGCCCGCCGUCACCUCAAAGAGAGCUAACUCCUCCUAGCCCUCCUAAAAAAAGGCGAACAUCAUCGAGAACACAGAAAAUAUCAUCUCAGAAGCAAUAUUCAGAACCGGCAGAAAAGCCAGAGGGACCAUGUGAAGGGACGGGCAAGAAACAGGUGAGUGGAAGCAUAACAUCGCUACUCAAAGAAAAAGGAAAGAAAGUAGAGGAGGACUUCAUAGUCCCCAAAGACUAUGAGCGAACUAUGAAUAUAGAGAGGUGGCGUGAAGGAACUCGAGCUGCACACAAGUUAAAUGUAGCUGAACGGGCCGCAUUUUGUGAACAAAACAACAUGACAGAGUUAGAACUUCUUCAAAUUGAGUAUGGAGAAGAUUGGUGGAAACAACCAUUGCCACUACCACCGAUUAUCUGGAAAUUUGAAUUGGGGAAAGAUCUGGUGGCCCCAGAACAAAUCCCGAAGCUACCCACAAGAAUGCGACAGUUGCAUUCUUGGUACAAGAUGCAAAAAAGUAAGCUGUUUGGGGCAAGUUAUCUUGAUGAAGAUCUUCAUAAGGGGGAAGGCAUAGUGUGGGUUGAUUUCGAGCACUUGUAUCAUUUCUACCAACAGGGUGCUCUCGACGUCUCAAUUAUGACCUUGUGGACUGUAAUGGAGUCACACAAAUGUAGACGAUGUGGGAUUAACAAUAUAGGCUUCUUGGACCCUAGCACCGUACAUGAGAACACAGUCAAUUUACCAAGUACCGUUGACUACUUGUACAAAGCUUUCCUCUCCAUGCAGGAUAAAAGAUCCAUACUUCUUUCAUACAAUUCCUUUUAUCAUCAUGUCCUACUCGAUAUCAACCUUAACAAUAGUCGAAUCGAGGUUUAUGACUCACGAAAGAGGCCAUUAUCACUAAUCCAGCCCGUCAUUGAUGUCGUCAACAAGGCCUUCGCUAAGUACCGUAAGAAAAGCAAAAUCCAUAGACCUUUUUGGGGAGACUUCACUGUAGAAGAGGCUAAAUACAUCCUCAAGCAGCCUCCGGGCAACGAUCACUGUGGGUUCUAUGUAAUGCAUUAUAUGCACUGCUACACCGGCGAUUGCAGAAGCGCCGAAAUGAACACUGAGUUGGAUUCAUGUGAAUUGCUCAUGGGCGAGCUAGUAGCACUUCAAGAAGAACUAGCUGGAUGGCUUGUGGACUACGUGGUGAAGCCAGGAUCUGAGUACAGCAUAAUCUAG